GCAGUUCUCAUAUUUUCUCAAAUUCUCAGUUUGUAUCUGUUGACUGAUUAGGAGUGUUGUAUCAAAUGAACUCCUAAAAUCGUGAAAUUUAGACAAUAUUGUGAUGUUCAAUACAAAUACUAUGUGUUAGUUAAUAAAAAGUAUACAAUUUUUGUGUAAAUAAGUUACAACAUUUUUAGCUAUAUUUUAAAGCUAGUUUUUGUGUCGAUUUGGUUAUAAAUUGACUUUGACGUCAGUCGUGGUCUAAUUCGACCAAUCGUCUAGUGUCACAGAUUAUGUUGUAAAUGUGUGAUAAAAAUAAAAAUAUAAACAAUUGUUUUAAUUCAGCUUUGAAUGGGUACCACGUGAGUGCGUAUUGAAAAUAUGCUAUUGAAAUGUACUGCAGACGGGAGACGUAUCAAAGUGAACGGAACGCCAGUCACGCAAGGGAAUGUAGCGAGAGGCAUGAAAAUGACCAUGUCCACGACGGCGACUAUGAGCGCCCGCGUUCACAGGAAGGUAAUCCGAGCACCGCAUAAACGUGCACACACCGGCAAAUAUCUACACUCAGGCAAGAUGGCGCACCCCGGCAAAGGUGCGCACCAUCCCGGCAAAUUUGCGCAUCUCGGCAAAUUCGGCAAACUCGCACACUACGCGCAUACACACUUACUAAGGCCCCCGGAGCCCUGCGAGAACAGCAACGACAGCGGUUUGGGCCCCGACCACAGAUUGUCAGAUGCGCCUGAAGACUGGGAUCAACCUGAAGCGAAACGUCUUCGUGUCGAUUCAGAUGUUAAGGUCGAGUGUGACGACGCAAAUGAUGCGUACGCUUUCGCACCGCCGGUGGCGCCCGCUACCGCGACCGCUCCGCUCGACGCCGGGUCCGCCACUCUGCCCUCGCCUGCGAUACGAGCUGGUUGCAAUAUAUCUAGUCCAACAAUAUCAGAAUCACCGAGUAGAUUUCAAGAACCGUCAUACAGAUCGUGCGGGAAGGUGGGCACGUCUGGUAAGCUUGCCAGCAAGUACGCCACAGGGGGCAAGCUAUCUGGCAAGCUGGGGGGCAAAUACGGGGGUAAACUGGCGCAGGCUCUCGCCAGAAGAAGAGCUCUUGCGAUGACGCAUGCUGGGCCUCCGGGUUUAGCCGCGCCACUGUCAAGCAAGUCCAAAGAUGGCACUGUGGAAUUACAGAUAUUGUGCCAGCCCGAAUCACAACACAGAGCGAGAUAUCAGACUGAGGGAAGCAGAGGAGCUGUGAAGGACAACUCCGGUAAUGGUUUCCCAAUAGUGAAGCUAGUCGGCUAUGAUAAACCAGCAGUUUUACAGGUAUUUAUCGGCACAGACACAGGCCGAGUGGCGCCACAUAUGUUUUACCAGGCGUGUCGGGUGUCAGGCAAAAAUUCAACUCCAUGUAAGGAGAGAAAGGAAGAUGGUACCGUCGUCAUAGAAAUCGACCUGGAGCCACCCAAGAACUGGCAGGUCACCUGUGACUGUGUCGGGAUUUUGAAGGAGCGUAAUGUAGACGUAGAACACCGCUUUGGAGAGUCGUUAGGUGGAGCGGGAAUAGGCCCCCACGCAGCUCGAGGGAAGAAAAAAUCUACCCGAUGUCGCAUGGUCUUUCGAACUGAAAUAGUGGACGCUGCUGGCCGUUCUGAAACUUUGCAAGUGUGCUCAACUCAAAUUAUAUGCACACAACCACCAGGCGUUCCAGAAGUGUGUCGAAAGUCGUUGGUAUCGUGUCCGGCGUCGGGAGGUUUGGAGUUAUAUCUCCUGGGUAAGAACUUUCUGAAGGAGACACGAGUGGUCUUUAGAGGGGUCCAUGAGGGCAGAACCUGGGAAGAGGAGGUGGUACCUGACAAAGAAUUUUUGCAGCAGACGCACUUGGUUUGCUGCGUCCCGCCAUUCGCCAGGCCUGAAAUAACCGAGUCCGUUGGUGUACAAGUGUUUGUACGGUCUGGGGGCAAAGCCUCCGAACCUCACUCAUUCCUCUACACCCCGCCCUCGCUCGAGACAGGCCCGGUGCACAGCACGCGACAUCAUGCCCAUGCGCACACAGGAGACGACCGCGAAGCCCGGCCUGUGGCCUGGUGGGGUGGAGGCAUAGGAAUGGGGCUCAUGCCGCCCCCGGCGCCUCCCAAUCGCCGACCGUCCAUCAUAGUGCCCGAUCCUCACUCUCCAUUAGGACUCAAGAGCGAGGUGACGGAUGAAUCCAGCCAGCAGUCGGAAGGAGAGGACAGGGACGAGACGGCCCCGGACGGACUCGCCGGUAUGGAUCUACGGCUGAAGCCCGAGAACAUCGCCACAGGCGGGCCACCCCAGCAGGUUGGAUUCGUCAGCGGCUUCGACUCCAUAAAGCUAUCGCCCUCCAACAAUUCACAAAGCGAACCUCAAUCGUCUAUCACAUCUUUCUCGCAGCAGCUCGCCGCCAUACAGAACCAAGUUCAGACUGACAAAAUGGUGGAGUCAGUUACCGCUGCCAUAUUUAAUUCUGACGGUGGCGGACAGAUAUACGUCGACCAACCGAUCAUGCCCAUAAGUCAAAUGAGUCAGAUGCAGCAACUCAUCUCCACCAAGACUCAAAUGGACCCGCUGGAAACCGAAAUGAAGGUUUUAAAUCCGGAAAUGAUGAUGACCGACACGAGCAUGCAGACGUCGGUGCUUCAAUCGACUAAUGAACAGAGGCUCAUGGUUUACAAUCAGGUGCAACAGAACACGGAGGAGACAUACAAUCCGUUCAGCGGAAUGACUAAAAUGGAAGCGUCCCAAAUCGAGCAGCGGUUGGCGCAACAGAGCGCUCAGAUGGAAGCCCUAGUGGAGGACGCGAUGAAGGCGACGGCUGCCAUCUUGCCCUCCGACGCUGCCAAACUCGACGAAUUCGUUAAUUCCCGAGUGGACGACCACCUCUCAGGUUCGGCCACUUCUCCGUCAUCGGCGUCGCACGCGUCCGAUAUCCUCCUGAGCCCUAACGCUCCUAUAGUACAACGGAGCUCCGGUUCUGACCUGCUCGCCCCCAUGCCCCCCUCCUCCAUCUCCCCCGACGUCAUUCUCAACCCGCAGGUUUCCCCGAGCCUCCUCUGCGAUAACAAUCAAAGGAUCGUCAUGCCCCCCGGCCCUACCCAAGAGGAGCUCAUGAUGAUCCCCGACAUACCCACCUCCGUCAAGACCCCGCCCGCAGCCGUGAAAUCUAUGAUAUUGAACGCGGCCGCCGAGAUCUUGACAUCGGAUUCGGCGAUGAACGCUCUAGUGAAAUCGGCCAUAAGUACGGCCAACAUUUUCACGAACGAGAACGUGGGCGGGAGUGGGGUGAUGCCGACGACGGACGCGCAGCCGUCGGAUGAACCCCCGCCGGAGACCCCCCUCGACGCCAUGUCGCAGGCUGUCAGCCAGGCGGUUACUCAGGCCGUUAGUCAGGCCGUCAGCCAAGCGGUGAGUCAAGCUGUGAGUCAGGAGAUGACGGGCCCCGUCCAAGGUCUAACCGAUAUGAGUGACCAGGACCUCCUGUCUUAUAUUAACCCGUCGACUUUUGACCAGGUGUGAAGGAGGCUUCGCGGCAGUCGUUUCUCACAGCUCGUAAAGCAUUUCUCGUGACGUACCGAGAGCAGUUUUAUGUGAAUUCUUUAUAAAUCACUGACGUGCGAUUCCCUAACGUAAUCUCUCAGUGCGUGCAACAAAAUGAUUCUCAUAUAUUUAGGAGUAUGAAUUGGUGCGACGGCGUGUCAAUUAUCAAGAGUCAGUAUUACAGGGCUAUAAAUAUGAGGAAUUGUGACUCGGAUGCGAAUGUCAAUUGAAUCUUUGGUACUUAACGAGUGACCGAAUGAACGAGGAAUUUCAUUCGUUCGUUGUUCGUCGGUGUCGCUGCUCGUUGUUGCUAUUAAAGUAUGUAUUUGUGGUUAGACAUGAGAUGUUGUAUUUUGAUAAAGUUAAAUAUUUCGUAGUUUAUGUAAAUAAUAGAUAGCUUUGAAUUUAUGUUAUUUCUUCAUAUAUCGAUUGCUUAAACCUGGUGUUUGAUAAAAAGCAUUCCGUAUAUCCAUUAAUUAAUUCAAGUUAAAUUAACAAGAAAAAUUUGAAAUGUAUUGCGCAGUUUCUGACAAUUCUAUUAUGUACGAAUUCGCUUUAAAUUAGUUUAUUGACAAUGCACAUAAAAUAAUGAAAUGCGUUUUUUAUAAGAUGUUUGUUACGUUAUUGAGAAUUAGUUAAUUUUAAGCAAAAGUACUGAUGUUUAUAGAGCAAAUGUUUAAAUAUAUCAUGAAUGUUCAUUUUUAUAGCUAAUGUCGAAUGCUACAUGUUAAUUGUGCCAUUAUGUUACUCUAGGAUAGUACGUGUUAGGUUUAUGUGCGAAUUAUUUUGGUGUCGAAGUUGUUUGGCCGACGUUAAUUGCUCUUUGCCAAAAACCAAAUUUUAAGUUAUUCGAUCAAUCUUACGUCCUAAAAAUAUUUUUGAAAUUUAAUCUCUAUUAAUAUAACUAGUAUAAUUUUUUAUAUUAUAAAUAUAAUACUGAUGUACCUUAAAGUUUUGCGCUAGUUGAAUAACUACUAUAUACUUAUAUUGCUUUGGUUUUGUAUUGUUAAAAUAAUAUUUUGGUGGUCGUUGAGUUACACCCACAGGCCGUAACACCUUUAUUUUUAAACCAGUACGAAGGGAGGACUAUUUGAUAUCUGUAUUUUAUUGAACUGUCAUCUGUAUAUGUACUGUAUAAUAGUAAAUAUUGAAUAACACUACUGUAACAGUUGUAAAGUAACAUUUGACUUUUAAAAGUUUUUUUUUAAUUGGUUUAAUAAUUUACUGUAGCUUAGUUAUGACAAAGUACUACUCAAUGUUAAGAAGCUUACAGCUGCGCUGUUGACGGAAAUUUGAGUUUUUUUCCAAAUAUAUUUUAUUUUUAGCAUUCAAUGCAUUUAGAAUAUAGGUACGGUAGAUAACGGUGCCCAAUAUUUAAGGCAUCUAUAACAAACAAAUACUCAUAUUUGCCAAUCUUCGCAACUGUAUAUUUAAAUCGAUUACCCAAAGAAGAAUAAUAUUAAAUUAUAGUUUAUAAUUAGAUUGGUUGGUCGAAUAAUUUAUGCGAAUUUUGCCCGUUAAAUUGUCGAGACAGCUGAGAACGUGCCUUUAAAAUUAAAAUAUAGUGACUGCUUAACGCAUUUAUUUAACAAACAUUCCGAAUUUAACGUUUGACAAAUUGAAUAAUUUAUUUUAAAUACGUUGAGCAUGUCGCUUAUAAUAUAUAUAAAUAUAUCACUAUGUAACAGGGACCAUAUGCAUCACUACACAAAACUUCUACAAUCGCCAAAAUUUUAUAGAUGGAUAUUUUUAAUCAUAUAGAUUAUAUAUACGGAAUUAUAUUAUAUCUAUUAAAUCUUACUUUUUGGGACGCGAUUAAUCAUUUUUAAAGUAUCCUUUAGAAUUUAUUGGAAUUUUAAUGUAGUUGGUGUAAGUCUUCCACUAAAAGAGGCACAAAACGACGCAUUUAUCAACGAAGUUAUUGUUACUAGUAUGAAAAAAGAGGUGUAAUAAUAAUUUUAAUUAUUCGCUAUAAAAUGUGGCUAACACUCGGCCCAUUAUUCGAUGCAGAACAUUCUCCGUGGUAAUAAUAAACGACAUUAUUAUUAUUAUUAAUGUUGCGCCUGUUUCUUCAUAUUGUCCCUAAUAAUGCGACGCGCACGCGCAGUUCUCUAGUCGGUCGAAAUAUCAAUGCAACUUGCCGGUGUUACAAUCAUGUAUGUUAUUUGUUUUGAUGUAAUUGAUUAAAUGUUAUGGAAAAUA